AUGUCUACUUCAUACCCACCAGAUGCUGAUAUGCUUCUUGCCAUGUCAAAUGGCAUAACGGAGCAAGUUCGCAAGUAUGCCGAUAUGCAACGAGCUUGCAACGGCCGUUCCAGUGACUUUACCUCCCAACAAGGUCAAAUGCUUCAGAAUCAGGCCGAAGCAGUAGCGCGAGAAUGCAGAAAGCUCCAGGCACUCGUCUCAGAGCCCAAGGACUGGAUGGUGCAAGUUGCCUGGUAG